GCGCGCGCGGCGACGCUCAAUGGCGACCACGGCAAGGACUUUAUCGCGGUCGACAUCCCAAUGGAGUCGCCGUUCGCGGGAUGGAAGUUCUGAGGGUGUUGUUGCGUGAUAUGUCCUGUGGGUACUCGUCGAACCACCCAUUGGAUCGUGACGUCGACCUUCCCCCUGCUCCAUCUCACAGCCGUGCCUCCUCGUCGCUUCCCCUCCAUCCCCACUCCCCAUUCUUCCCCACCUACAUCUCACUUCCUUCCCUCAUCGAACACUCCUUCUCCUGUACACGACCGGGCUCAGCGCUUCAUGUGCCAUAUAGAUAUGCUUCAUCGGGACUCUCAUCUAGGACUUAGUUCGCUAUAUCCACCUACCUACCUACCUACCUACCUUAGCGGACGUGACGUGCGUGCAUCCCUCUUGACUGGUCCCCUUUUCCCCACCCUCCGCUCCUCUCUUCGCAUCCCAAACCCCAUCAACCCUUCCACACAAACGAACUUUGCACCCCUUCAUGCACCGCACGCCUUUCGUCACGCAUCUCACACCUUCCGCCCUGCGCCUCACACCUUCCGCCGCGCACUUCAACCUUCACAUACCCUCACCCUCCAUCCACACCCACACCUGCGGACCUCUCGCACCACGCCCCUUCGUGUAUAUCAUUGUCUCCACCCUCCACCCCACGUCGCCUUCGUGUACGACUAGUAUCUGCUGUUUCUUGCUAUUAUUCUCGUGUUCGCUUCGUAUCGUCUUCUCGUAUUCGCG